GACGGAUUGUUCUCUGCGCGGUUGUUCUUCCCUGAAAUCUGAGCUCACUGUGGUUUGGAGCAGCAACAACAACGAGCCUUUCCACUUUUAACCUAAAAAUAGACCCGAGGCUCCCGCACGCGCUCCUCUCACCUCUGCGUCUCCUCGUCCUGAGCUCAAGCCCAAACGGAGCCCUCGUCCUGGGAUCAUGUCCGACACAAAGCGCCUGGCCUUCUCCAUCCUCCAGUUCCUCCACGACCAGCUGCACUCGGGCACGCUGACGUCAGACGCCAAGGAGAGCCUGGAGGUGGCGGUUCAGUGUUUGGAAACCGCAUACGAGAUCUCCACCGACGAUCGGAGCCUGGCCGUGCCCAUGACGCUACCGGAAAUCUUCAACGCCGCCACAGCCAAGUUUCCUGCUCAGUUUCAGGCCAACAACAACUCCAGCCCCAACUGUUUAAGUGAGGAGCAGAGAGCAGAGGCUGAAGCGCUCAAGUCAGAAGGAAAUGAACAGAUGAAAGUGGAGAAUUAUUCGGCCGCAGUGGAGUUUUACUCACAGGCCAUCGCCCUCAACCCUCAGAACGCCGUGUACUACUGCAACAGAGCGGCCGCCCUCAGUAAACUGGGGAACUACGCUGGAGCUGUUCAGGAUUGUGAACAGGCCAUAAACAUCGACCCCAAAUACAGCAAAGCCUACGGACGCAUGGGUUUGGCGUUGGCGAGUCUGAACAAACACACAGAGGCCGUGGGCUACUAUAAGAAAGCUCUGGAGCUCGACCCGGACAACGAGACCUACAAGUCCAACCUGAAGAUCGCCGAGGACAAGAUGGACACGUCCAGCCCGACGGCGGGGAUGGGCGGAGUCGAUCUGGCCGGUCUCCUGAGUAACCCCGGCUUCAUGAACAUGGCGUCGACUCUGAUGAACAACCCUCAGGUGCAGCAGCUGAUGUCGGGGAUGAUGUCUGGAGCCAUGGGAGGAGGACCUGGACCCGGACCCGGACCUGGACCUGCAGCAGCAGCAGCGUCCGCGUCAUCGGGCGACCUGAGCGGACUCAUCCAGGCGGGGCAGCAGUUUGCACAGCAGAUGCAGCAGCAGAAUCCUGAGCUCAUCGAACAGUUGAGGAGUCAGAUCCGAAACCGAACGCCGAGUGCGAGCAACGAGGAGCAGCCGUGACCCCCGCGACAGAUGAGAUCCUUUCAAGGCCGAAGUCGUGUUGUUGCAGAUUUGGACUCCGGGGGGCGUCGUCGUUUCCAUCUCUGUACAUUUCCCGCAUGAAGAGAACAAAGAGAAGAAGGAGCCCGUGUGUUUUUUUGUUUAGUUUUUUUCGGGGGGAGACGGCGUUCAGCACUUUUGAAUGUUCCACUUUUUCGGUCAUUUGAAUAGGACUAAAGUUGGGAUCAAACACCCGUGUGUUUCCCCGCGAGUGUUUGUGGAAGCGUCGGCGCGGAGGGUCUUUCUCUGAGUUUCUGCUGUCGUCCCGGUGUUUGUGUUUGUGUGAGUGGAGAGUGAAUGUGAGCGAGUGACAGACGCCGAGCUGUCCACUUUCAAAAUUAAAAUGCAUCCAAAACAUUUUA